AUGUCGCCCAUUGCUCCCGGUCAGCUCCCGACAGAGCUUGUCAACCUCCUCGCCCUGCACUCAUCCUUUCUGACGGCGCUUUCAUUACACUAUGCGCACAAUGGCACUUCGACACCCGCUGAUCUUCGAGACCUCGUGGCAUCGACGACACUAGUCUGGCGGCAACGUAAAGUUACCAAUGAUGAUAUUCGGUUGCUCAUCGGUAUCCUCGACCACGGUCCAUCCGGCCACAACAACCCAUACUACCUUUCCGACUAUGGCCGCGGUAAAAUCUGCAUUGAGAUCAAGGACGAUAGCUCGUUGAUGGGUGGAAUGUCACACAUGAACGAGGAAGGACUGCAGGAUAUGUUCAAACAAGGCCUAGACACGCUGUGGUCGGAAUGGUGCACCUCGCAGAAGAUGAUGACUCGACCGAUUGCAGUACCCAAACGCGGACGAGGACGCCCAAAGAAGGCAGACGCCAAGCAAGCACGCGUGGAGACGUUCCUCGAUGAGAGCAGCAUGUCCAAGUUCCUCGCCCAACUCCCCCUUGCCGACAUCACCACCUGCGAAUCUCUCACUGCCCUCGUACCCGCACAAGAAAAGGGCCGCAAGCGAUUGAGAGAGUUCAAGGAGAGCGUACAGCAAGGUCGUGCUCAGAAGAAGACAAGAGCAGUCUCUGGAAAGGAGAAUGAACCUACAUCCACCACAUCAGCCCAGCCCGCGCAACCAAAGAUCACCGAAUUCGCCGCCGUCCGCAAAACAAACCUUCUUGAUCGUAUCCUCGCAAAGCAAGAAGCUGCCAAAGCCGGUCCUGCGGCACCGUCGCCUGCUGAACUUCAACGCAAAGCAGCGCUCCAACGUACUCCAGAGGUCCUCGGCGUUCUCUCCCUUCUCUGCGCCAACAGGCCUGGUGCGCGCGUUUCCUUCUCCACAACUACCCUGCUGCAGGCACUACAGGGCUCGAUCCGCUCCCCCAUCUCGAAAGAAGAAGCCAUGAAGUGUGUGGAAGUGUUAGCGAACGAGGUUGCGCCUGGAUACGUUUCCGUGGUUAGCAUGGGCAGUAUUUCUAGCGUUGUUAUUAAUCAGAUGAUGAGGCCGACGGAUAUCAAGAGUAGAUUGAUCGCGCUGGGCGCGUAG